AGCCGCCUCUUCUAGCUGGCGGCUCUUCUCGGCCUAGUCCAGGUCGGGGGCGGAAAAUGGCGCCGGUGCCCCAAGGCAUUCAGGAGGAGCGGCUGCUGGGGUCUCAUUCCAGACCUUUGCUCCGGCUCCUCUUCCUCGCCCAGGCCAUCCUGUUUCUGCUGCCGGCAUCCCAGGCAGACCUGUGCCCCGCGCCCUGCGCCUGCCGUCACCCCCUGUUGGACUGCAGCCGCAGGCGACUGCCCGCGCCCAGCUGGAAGGCACUGUCCGGCCCGCUGCCCCCAGGCACCGUCAGCUUGGAUUUAAGUCAUAAUCGGUUGCCUAACUGGAACAUCAGCUUGGAAUCACAGACAUUGCAGGAAGUGAAAAUUAAUUACAAUGAGUUAACAGAAAUUCCAUAUUUUGGAGAACGAACAUCUAAUAUAACUCUACUCUCAUUAGUACAUAAUGUAAUCCCAGAAAUCAAUGCAGCAGUGCUCCAGUUCUACCCUGCUCUUGAGAGUUUAGACCUCAGCUCAAAUAUAAUUACAGAAAUCAAGACAUCGUCAUUUCCUCACAUGCAGCUCAAAUACCUGAAUUUGAGUAAUAAUAGGAUAACCACAUUGGAGGCCGGUUGCUUUGAUAAUUUAUCUAGUUCCUUAUUAGUGGUAAAAUUAAACCGGAACAGAAUUAGCAUGAUCCCACCCAAGAUCUUCAAGCUGCCUCACCUGCAAUUCUUGGAACUUAAAAGAAAUAGAAUUAAAAUUGUGGAAGGGCUGACAUUCCAAGGGCUUGACUCCUUAAGAUCUUUGAAAAUGCAGCGGAAUGGAAUUAGCAAACUUAAGGAUGGAGCUUUUUUUGGCUUGGAUAACAUGGAAGAACUGGAACUAGAACACAAUAACCUUACAGAAGUGAACAAGGGCUGGUUGUAUGGCUUGCGAAUGCUACAACAGCUCUAUGUGAGCCAGAAUGCUAUUGAAAGAAUCAGCCCUGAUGCAUGGGAGUUCUGCCAAAGACUAUCUGAACUUGAUUUGUCCUAUAACCAGUUGACUCGCCUGGAUGAAUCCACCUUUGUGGGUCUGAGCCUGCUGGAGAGAUUGAAUUUAGGGGACAACAGAGUCACUCACGUUGCUGAUGGUGUAUUUAGGUUUCUUUCCAAUCUUCAGACACUAGACUUAAGAAACAAUGAAAUUUCUUGGGCCAUAGAAGAUGCUAGUGAAGCCUUUGUUGGACUUACGAGUCUCACUAAAUUAAUCUUACAAGGAAACCAGAUUAAAUCAAUUACAAAGAAAGCAUUCAUUGGUCUUGGAUCUCUUGAACAUCUAGAUUUAAACAACAAUGCUAUUAUGUCUAUCCAAGAAAAUGCUUUUUCUCAGACUCACUUGAAAGAACUGAUUCUGAACACAAGCAGUUUGCUGUGUGACUGCCACAUGAAGUGGUUCCUCCAGUGGCUGGUGGAUAAUAACUUUCAGCAUGCUGUGAACGUGAGCUGCGCACACCCUGAAUGGCUAGCAGGGCAAAGCAUCCUGCAUGUGGAUCUGAAAGAUUUCGUCUGCGAUGAUUUUCUGAAGCCGCAGAUAAGGACACAUCCCGAAACCACAGUUGCUCUUAGAGACAUGAAUGUGACUCUGACAUGCACCGCAGUGAGCAGCAGUGACUCCCCAAUAUCCACUCUGUGGCGCAAAGACAAUGAAAUCUUAUAUGAUGUGGAUAUUGAGAAUUUUGUUCGUUACCAACAGCAAACUGGAGAAGCUCUAGAGUAUACUAGUGUCUUACAUCUUUCCAAUGUGAAUUUCACAGAUGAAGGAAAAUAUCAGUGUAUUGUGACUAAUCAUUUCGGUUCCAAUUAUUCUCAGAAAGCGAAACUGACCGUGAAUGAGAUGCCAUCUUUUCUGAAAACCCCAAUGGAUUUAACUAUUCGCACUGGUGCCAUGGCCAGAUUGGAAUGUGCUGCAGAAGGACACCCCGCACCUCAGAUUUCCUGGCAGAAAGAUGGUGGUACUGACUUCCCUGCGGCUCGAGAAAGGCGCAUGCACGUCAUGCCCGAGGAUGAUGUCUUCUUCAUUGCAAACGUGAAAAUAGAAGACAUGGGAAUCUAUAGCUGUAUGGCACAAAACAUAGCGGGAGGCCUCUCAGCAAAUGCCUCACUAACAGUGUUAGAGACACCCUCAUUUAUUAGACCGUUGGAGGACAAGACAGUAACCCGAGGUGAGACUGCAGUAUUACAGUGCAUCGCUGGAGGGAGUCCUGCCCCUCGCCUCAACUGGACCAAAGACGAUGGACCACUGCUGGUGACAGAACGGCACUUCUUCGCUGCCGCCAACCAGCUUCUCAUCAUUGUAGAUGCUGGGCUGGAAGAUGCUGGGAAAUACACGUGCAUUAUGUCUAACACCCUAGGGACAGAACGUGGUCACAUUUACCUAAAUGUCAUUACAUCCCCCAAUUGUGACUCUUCCCAGAGUAGCAUUGGCCAUGACGAUGAUGACUGGACUACUAUCGGCAUUGUCAUCAUUGUUGUGGUUUGCUGUGUUGUGGGCACCUCUCUAAUCUGGGUCAUUGUGAUUUACCACAUGAGAAGGAAGAAUGAAGAUUAUAGUAUCACAAACACAGAAGAGCUUAAUCUGCCUGCAGACAUUCCCAGCUAUUUGUCUUCCCAAGGAACACUAUCUGAGCCACAGGAAGGCUACAGCAACUCUGAGGCAGGCAGUCAUCAGCAACUUAUGCCUCCUGCCAAUGGAUAUACACACAAAGGCACUGAUGGUGGCACUAGUACCCGGGUGAUCUGCUCAGAUUGUUACGAUAAUGCCAACAUCUACUCCAGGACUCGAGAAUACUGUCCAUAUGCCUAUAUUGCUGAGGAGGAUGUUCUGGAUCAGACAUUGUCCAGCCUCAUGGUCCAGAUGCCCAAAGAGACAUAUUUAACACAUCCCCCGAAAGAUGCCACUACCUUGGAAAGCCUGGUAGCACCAGCAGAUAGAGAGAUGUCUGCCUUUCCCACCAACCACGAGAGGAUAAAUGAGAAGAAACUGCCCUCCAUGCAGCUGAGUAGUGAAACAUUGCAGCAGCCCUUGUGGAACGUAAACAAAGACCUAAGCCUGCCUCAUCCUCCCAUCUCUCAGCAGCCAAUCCUCGAGUCGUCACAACUCCUCCAAAAUGAGGGCCUGGAAGCGAGGGACCCAGACUGUCCCACUUCCCCGAGACCCUGCCACAGGGUACAUGACCUUGCUUUUGAUUUUAGUAGGACUCAGAACAUUGCAGACAGUAGUGAGGGCACAUGAAACGGUAGUGAGGGCACAUGACGGAUGAAAUACGGGCAGAGACUCAAAUCAGUUAAUUUUGCAUUUACUACCUCAGCGUUCAGAAGAAACCCCAAAGUCAACAUUUGCUUUACUCUUUGUUUACAAUUACAUCUGAUCACACCAAAGUAGGCCAGGGACUUGGUUGGGUUUAUACCUGGUGAAGAAAGUGGAACAGCUUUCUUUUUGGUUUUAGCUUGCCAAAAGGGUACGGCACUGCCAGAGGAAGAUAUGAGGCAAAAAUGUUUCUGUGGUAUGUGCCCAGAUGUGCAUGGCCUGUCAGAAAGAGUCCCAUUGCUGCUUGACAUGCUGGAUAUUGUCUCAAUCCUGAGUGAUCCUGGGGGGGAAAAAAAAUCACUGUUCUACUUUGUCUUCCAAGGAACCAAAAUGACUGGAGCCAUCUGGGGAGUGUGCCUGGGAUUCUUCAGUGGUUUCAAACAUAUAUGUGGUUGAGACUGGGGCUUUGAUAUUCAAAGUCUUUGCCAAGAAUUCUAGAAUAGACCAACUGGUACCAGGUCGUGGGGUUUUGUAUCCUUGUGAUUAUUUGUUUUUUGUUUUUGUCCCUACUGCGCAGGGAUCUCAUUGUAAAUAUAUUUGCAUUUAUAGAU